AAUUAAUAAGGAUGAUGCUGAUUAUUUACAAGCCAUCAUCAUUUAUAUAGACCCUGUGCAUUCUAAAAGUAUAAUUAAUUUACUAAAGCACUAUUAGCAAGCCUUGAUAAUUACUUCUAAAAUUUAUAGAGAAAAAAUUUGAAGCUAAUGUAGAAAGACUAUUGCUUAUCGAUUAGCAAAAGUAAAAUUACACUUGCAUAGCAAUUAACUUGACAUUUAAUGUUAUUGCAAAGGAAAGAAUAAAUGAUUCGCUAAUUUUAUAACGUUAUUAGGAGAACAAUUACUUAAAUAAAAGAAUAAUUUUUAAGAUCGAUAAACUCAAAAAUUAUUAAUUUGUAAUAUAAAGC